AUGUCCCUGCGCCAACCAAUCCCUUCGUACAUAAACCUAGAGGAGUUCCGUACCCAGAAGUGUACGUUACGUAUCCUGGUAGCGACUAACUUGUGCUGUGCGAGCUUUGGACCACAUUGCUGCACAAUGCGUCAAGCGUCAGCCGCCAUAAGGAAGUGGUUCAUCGUCCGGGAUGGUGAGGCUCCUCGACGGAAUUUGGCAGAUGAAAUUCCAGCUGAUAAUCUACAGGAGUUUGUUAUGGAAAUAAAUAAACAUCUUGAAGUAAUGCAUUUAGCAAUACAAAAAUCAGUUCAAGAAGAUUCUGCAAAUGAUAUUCAUUGCUUUGUUCUUGUCAAUUCACUUAACAGUGAUGCAACAAGAAUGUUUUCAACUUUCACUCUGCAAGAGCUUGCUCUGUUUAGAAGUAUCAUAGAGGAAGUUGUUAACUCUGAUGAUGGAGAAAUACUUGAAACGGAUGCCAUAAAUCUGGCAACCACAUUGGAACCUCGAAUGAAGAUUGCUGAUAGUGAGGAAGCUAUUGAGCACCUUGUACUGGAUAAAUGGCUUCUCCGGCAUAGCAUGGAUGAGCAUACUAUAUCGCUGAGUGCUUUGACUACAUCAGAAUUACAACCCUACCUACAGGAUUUGUAUCCUGAGUUAGCACAGAAGUGCUUCUUCUGCAAGAUUCUUACAUUUAAGGGAUACAGGUGCACCAAAUGCACUACCAGGGUCCAUCGAAAGUGUGGUAAAAACUUUUGGGCACACAAGGGUGCCCAGUCAGUUCUCUGUCCUGAUCCUCUUUGUAAAGAACAAUGGCCAAAUGUAGAACAAACUCUUAAAAUGAAACGCCAAAAAGUUUAUGAUGAUGAGGAUGCCACCCGCUGAUUGUAAUAUACAGUGGACCCCCGCUUAACGGUCACCUCCAAAUGCGACCAAUUAUGUAAGUGUAUUUAUGUAAGUGCGUUUGUACGUGUAUGUUUGGGGGUCUGAAAUGGACUAAUCUACUUCACAAUAUUCCUUAUGGGAAAAAAUUCGGUCAGUACUGGCACCUGAACAUACUACUGGAAUGAAAAAAGUUCGUUAACCGGGGGUCCACUGUACAGUUGUGUUCUGCUUUACCUCUAGAGGUGGGUGUACAGUGCUUACACCUUUAAGGACAGGUGAGGAAAUAUAUGUUGAAUGUGGGUGAAUGUUUCCUUUUUUGAGUCACCUUACCAUGUUGAAGCUGCUGAUGUUAUAAAUAAAAUCUUAACAGACCC